AAAUGUGUGCACAAUAUUUGUGGUGAGAAAAUAUUGUCUAAUAAUUACAGUCUUUUGGACUCAAAUCUGGAGACAAGUGUUUUCUGGAAAAUCACUGCUUCUUUUCGGCUCAUAAAUAGUUUAUAUAAUUUUGUUUUCAUAACUUAAUUUUUAAUUUAUAAUAAGUAACAAACUCUUGGGAAGCGUUACCACCAAAAGAUUCUUGAGCCCAACAAAUGGUAUACCGAUUUAAAACAACGGCAUUUCAAUCAAACAUUGUUAACAUUUGCGCUAAAUUGGGGCAAAAAAAGCUCAAACUAUCAGCACAUGUAUCGCUCUCUAUAUGUGUAGCGAUAAACAGUGAUUUAUAAUCAACUGAUUGUCGGAUCCAUUGGUUUUCAAGUGAAUCCCAUUAUAAUGAGCGCUAAUAAUGCCAGCGAUGGUAAGGACGGCAACAAUAAGCCGAAGACAAUAACCAAUGGCAACAACUCUUCGUCGCCGCCGUCCACCUCAUGGCUGACCAAAUGCAGAGCACACGUGAAGUACGAGCAUCUGAUGGCCGGUGUCGUCGGCGGAGUCACCUCUACUCUAGUCUUACAUCCAUUAGAUUUGCUUAAAAUACGUUUAGCGGUAAACGACGGUCAGGUGUCGGCGCGACCCCACUAUCGAGGACUGGUGAACGCCGUC